AUGAUACCAUUGCAGUCGGAAGCACGAGAUGAAUGGCAGAGGCAGAAACAGGACGAAAGCCAGUCAAAUGAAGCUCUGGACACCUUGAUGGACAUGAUUGGACUCGAGAGUGUCAAGGAAAGCUUCCUUGGUAUCAAGGCCAAGGUGGAUGUGGUGGUUCGACAAGGUGCUAGUCUUGUGGCCGAGCGGUUUGGCGCAGCCCUUCUUGGAAAUCCAGGUACCGGAAAAACAACCGUGGCACGACUGUAUGCUCGGUUUCUGAGCAUGGUUGGCGUCAUCCCCGGUAGCUUCUUCGUUGAGACCUCGGGGUCCAAGCUAGCAAAUGGUGGUGUCCAGGGUUGUCAGAAACACCUUGAAGAGAUCAAGUCGAAUGGGGGAGGGGCACUGUUCAUCGAUGAAGCCUAUCAGCUAACAUCUGGGAACAGUACCGGGGGAAGCUCGGUUCUGGACUUUCUGCUGGCAGAAGUCGAAAUUCUGACCGGGAAGGUUGUGUUAAUCACCGCCGGAUAUAACAAGAACAUGGAAAGCUUUUUCGCUCAUAAUCCCGGUGUUCCAAGCAGGUUCCCAGUCGAACUUCAGUUCAAGGAUUACCCAGACGAGGAGCUUCAAAGUAUUCUCCAGCACCACAUGCACAAGAAAUACAAUGGACGCAUGAGGGUUGAAGAAGGCACCGGCGGGCUCUAUAUGCGGAUUGUCGCCCGCCGUGUCGGCCGUGGGCGUGGCCGUGAAGGAUUCGGAAAUGCUCGAGCAGUGCACAACGUUUUUGCACGCAUCACGGAGCGCCAGGCCAAACGACUACAACGGCAACGUCGACUCAAGAGACCUGCUGAUGAUCUGCUUCUGACGAAAGAAGAUCUUCUUGGACCAGAUCCGCGAACAGUGCUGAAAAAGAAUGCUACGUGGGGCAAGCUUCGAGCCUUGACCGGUCUGCAAAGUGUCAAGCAGUCGGUAGAAGCGCUAUUUGACACAGUCCAGUUCAACUAUGCGCGUGAACUAGCAGAGAAACCCUUAGUGGAAUUUUCCCUGAACAAAGUAUUCGUAGGCAAUCCCGGCACUGGCAAAACCACCGUCGCAAAGCUUUUUGGAAAGCUCUUGGCAGAUAUGGGAUACCUGUCCAACGGAGAAGUUGUUGUCAAGAAUCCAUCCGACUUCAUCGGCAACGUCAUUGGCGGCUCUGAGGCUGCGACAAAGGGCAUCUUGGCUUCCACUCUAGGCAAAGUCCUUGUCGUCGACGAGGCUUACAUGCUUGGUGGUAGUUCCUCGGGGUCUGAAUCGAUCGGAGGCCCAGAUAUCUACACGGUGGCUGUAAUUGACACCCUAGUCGCGGAAGUGCAAAGCGUCCCCGGCGAUGACCGGUGUGUUCUGCUUCUCGGAUACAGGGACGCAAUGGAGAGGAUGGUUCAGACAGUGAACGAAGGACUCUCCCGACGCUUCCCUAUGGGCACUGCGUUUGACUUCCAGGACUUCAGUGAUGAUGACCUUCAAGAGAUCCUAGCUCUCAAAUUGAAGCAAGCAGGCUUUCAUGCCACCAAGGAUGCAAAGCUGGUUGUUCGCCAAUGUCUGGCUCGCGCCCGGAACCGACCCAACUUUGGUAAUGCUGGGGAGGUGGACAUCCUUCUAGACAAGGCCAAACUACGGCACCAGCAGCGGCUUUCUGCGCGGAAAACCAGUAACAUUGACAUCUUGGAGCCGCUCGACUUUGACCCCGAUUAUGAUCGAGAGCAGAAAGACGUUACCGACUGCCGGAAGCCUUUUGAAGGAGUUGUGGGCUGCGAGCACCUGGUGGCGCAGCUCGAGGGCUAUCAAAAUGUGGUUCGGAACAUGAAGCAAUUGGGGUUGGAUCCCCGACAGACGGUUCCAUUCAACUUUCUGUUCCGUGGUUCUCCGGGGUCCGGAAAGACGUCGACAGCGCGACGCAUGGGUCAGACCUUCUACGAUAUGGGCAUUCUGGCCACAACCGAGGUUAUCGAGUCAUCGGCCUCCGAUCUUGUUGCACAGUAUGUUGGACAAACUGGACCCAAGACUGAGCAGCGUCUCGAGAAGGGACUGGGCAGAGUUCUUUUCAUCGAUGAAGCGUACAGACUUGCUGACGGGACCUUCGGUAAAGAGGCCAUGAAUGAGCUGGUCGAUCGUUUGACGAAAGAGAAGUUCCACAAGAAGAUGAUUGUUAAAUUGGCCGGGUAUGAGGGAGAGAUCAAUCGUCUCAUGGCAUCCAACCCUGGUCCGACCAGCCGGUUCUCAGAAACGGUCUCGUUCCAAAACCUUACUGCCUCUCAGUGCUGGGUACUCCUGCGGGAUGGUCUGGGACAGCUCGAUCGAGUCGAUCUAAAGGCGGUUCAUGACCCUGACGAUCAAUUCAUGUGUCAGGUUUUGGACUCCUUUGAAUAUCUAUCCACACUGCCUGGGUGGGGAAAUGGUCGGGACGUCAAGACCAUCUCUGACACAAUUAUUCGAAAGGUCUUCUCAGAUGGGUCCUUGACAUCAAAGGUCGCACCGUUCUCAGCCCCCCCUUUCUCCAAAUCGUCCGUCUCCGCUGUCAAGGACCAGGCUCGCUCUGCACCGCAACUGGUGACCCAUCUGCGACUACUUCCGGCAACCUCUUGUUCAGACGAGGGUCGCGACCCGGGGGUCUCUGACGAGGUCUGGAUGCAACUGCAAGCGGAUCAAAAGCGCAGCGAGGAGCAGAGGAACCGUGAUGCAGAAACUCUUCGUCGAGAGGAGAGUAUCAAGACGCAGCUGAAGAGUAGUGCCACUGAGCCGGAUGGUGACGAACGCUGUGAGUAUGAGAAGCAGCUCCGAAGCCUGGCCCGAGAAAGAGUCGAGAUUGAGGAGCGGAGGAAGCAGGAGGAGGCUGCUCAGCAGAAAUUGCAAGAGAUGGGUGUUUGCCCCGUGGGAUUUAGGUGGAUUAAACAAGCGACGGGUUAUCGGUGUGCUGGUGGGAGUCACUUCGUGCCUUCUGCGCAGCUAUUAUAG